AUGGUCAAAUACAACUUCUUCCCCGCCGUCUAUCGGUGGGCGCGGGACACCAAGGCGCGCAUUCCGAUCAUCAGGGAUAUCCACCUGAACUUUAUCCUCCUGCAUUACACCUACAUCAUCGCCAUAGCCAUCAUCACCUCCAUCAUCAUCUACCCCGGCAACGACCUCGCCUACAUCGAUGCCCUGUUCUUUUGCGCCGGCGCCGCCACCCAGAGCGGCUUGAACACCGUCGACUUGAACCUCCUCCACACCUAUCAGCAGGUCAUCCUGUACUUCACCUCCAUGAUCACCACCCCCAUCUUCAUCCACACCGUCCUCGUCUUCGUGCGCCUCUACUGGUUCGAGAAGCGUUUCCAGCAUGUCGUCAGCGACGCCCGCGCCUUUCGCCGCACCCGCUCGCGCGUGCGCACCAUGACCACGGACAAGGACAACCAGACCUACGACCGGGAGGAGGCCGGGGUGCGGAAUCGUCCCAUCACCACGCUGCGAAAUGUCCCCGAGGACAGUCGGGAGUCCGACCACGAUGGCCACACCUUCAAAUCCCCGGAUGACACCGACUCGGCGUCCGGGUCGCACGACGAUCCGGAAUCGCCCUCGGAGGAACCGAACCGUCACAUCCAGCGCAAGAUGGGCCUCGGCAUGAAUAGCCUGCGCGUCCCCGCCCGCCUGAGCCCCGAACACCACAUCGCCUUCCUGGAGAAUCAGCGGAGGGACACGGGCGCCUUGCGAAUCCCUAGUCCCCGCGAGUAUGACCGAGGCGGGGUCCCCCAGGCCCUCGAGGAGGCGGUCCGGGGUCCACCGAUCCAGCGGACGUCGAGCAACCAGUCGGCCCGGAGCCCGCGCGACACGCGAGACGACGGUUCGGAUGAUGGGGACGAGGACGAGGACGAGGACGACGUGGGCCCGAUGGAUGGUCCACACAUCACCAUCAACGAACCGGAGAUGAUACGGUCCCGGACGCGGAAUUCCACCUUUCCCCGACUCGACACCCGACCGACGGUGCGCGAGACGACCGACGGGAACGACGGGAACGAACCGUCGUCGCCAGUAACGCGCACCACCACGCGGCGGCCCACCGUCAGCGGGAUCUUCCGGUCCCUGACGCAGGAAAAGGACCGCUCUACGCAGCCGUACCUGAGCUGGAACGCCACGGUGGCGCGAAAUUCCAACUUCGUCGACCUGACCGAGGAGCAGCGGGACGAACUGGGCGGCAUCGAGUACCGGGCGUUGAAGACGCUCGCCGUCAUCCUGAUGUCCUACUACGUGUGCUUCCACCUCCUGGGCAUCGUCUGCCUGGUCCCGUGGAUCAUGACGACCCACUGGGGCCAGGCCGUCGAGCUCAUCGGCCAGGGGCGGCCCUGGUGGGCCAUCUUCAUGUCCGGGUCGGCCUUUAACGACGUGGGGUUCUCCAUCACCCCCGACUCGAUGAUGUCCUUCCAGUCGGCCAUCUUCCCGCUGCUGCUCAUGACCUUCCUGAUCAUCAUCGGCAACACCGGUUUCCCCUGCAUGCUGCGGUUGAUCAUCUGGAUCAUGGGCAAGUUCACCCCGCACGCCAGCCCCCUGUGGGAGGAGCUGCACUUCCUCCUGGACCACCCGCGGCGCUGCUUCACGCUGCUGUUCCCGCGCAACGCCACGUGGUGGCUCUUCGCCAUCCUGGUGGCCCUGAACGGGAUUGACUUAAUCUUCUUCAUCAUCCUGGACUUGAACGAUGUGGCCGUCACGGCGCUGUCCACGGGCAUCAAGAUCGUGGACGGCCUGUUCCAGGCGGCGUGCACCCGAACCGCGGGGUUCAGCGUGGUGUCGCUGUCGGAGCUGCACCCGGCCGUGCAGGUCUCCUACCUGAUCAUGAUGUACAUCUCCGUCUUCCCGAUCGCCAUCUCCAUGCGGCGGACCAACGUCUACGAGGAGAAGAGCCUGGGGAUCUACGAGGGGCCGGUGGACGAUGAGGACGCGGACGCGGACGCGGACGAGACCCAGACGGCGCCGAGCUACAUCGGGGCGCACUUGCGGCGCCAGCUGAGCUUUGACCUGUGGUACGUCUUCCUCGGGCUGUUCAUCAUCACGAUCGUCGAGGGGAACCGCAUCAAGCGCGAGGACCAGUACUCGUUCCAGGUCUGGGCGGUGCUGUUCGAGAUCGUGUCCGCCUACGGCACCGUCGGCCUGUCGCUGGGCUACCCGGGGAGCAACACCUCCUUCUGCGGCCAGUUCAAGGUGAUCUCCAAGCUGGUGAUCAUCGCCAUGCAGGUCCGCGGCCGGCACCGUGGCCUGCCCUACUCCCUAGACCGAGCCAUCCUACUCCCGUCCGAGCACCUGAAUCAGAAGGAGGUGGUGGACGCGGAGCGCCGCAUGCGCCGGCGAGCGUCGAGUCUGGGCCAGGCGACGACCCUGGACCGACAGACAUCGCAGUCCCAGGGAGACAACAUCGCCUCUGGUACGGAUGCCAAAGAUCAGAACGAAGCCUAUCUCCGACGACAGGGCACUAUGCGGUCCCAGCGUUCUCAGCGAUCUCAGCGAUAG